AUGGCAGCAGAUACACAACAAUGGGCAGUUGAGCAACCACAAUCUAGGUCUGUUUUUGAGCUAUCUAAUGGUUCUCCAUAUAUGUCGGCACAAAUUGAAAAAAUGGAGAAAAAGCUUGAAAGAUUUGAUGCCAAAUUUGACAUGUUAUUACAAAGAAUUCUAGGUUCACAGGUUGUUGUACAGCAGCCCUUACCAGUUGCCUGCAGCAUUUGCAAUGUGACAACCCAUGAUUUUUUGAGCUGUCCACAUAAAGAUGCUUAUCCAGAAUUUGCAGCGGAACAAGUUAAUGCAUUUAAUAAUUUUCAGCGUCCAAGAUAUGACGCGUAUUCAACUGUUUACAACCCGAGUUGGAGAGAUCAUCCUAAUUUUAAGUGGGACAGAGAUCAGUUUGCAAGGCCACAAUUUCAACAACAGGUACAGCAACCUGCUGCGCCUAAGGUUGCUUGGGAGGUUGCAAUUGAAAAAUUAGCAAACGACACCAAUCAAGAAUUCCAAAAUAUGCAGGCAACAGUGAAAAACAUAGAAAAACAAAUGGGGCAGAUUGCAUUCCAAGUUUCAGAAAGAGCACCAGGUACAUUUCCUAGCCAAACUGAACAAAAUCCAAGGGGAGGCGCAGAUUGUAAGGCAGUUCGAGUUCUACGUUCGGGUAAAAGUUAUGACAAUAGAGGUGAAAUUUGUGCUGAAAAUUCGCGGGCAGCAUCACAGCCACAAACAGAUUCAGGAAAUUUUGCAGAAUCUGAUAUUGUUGCAAAUUCUGCAAUUUUUGCAGAUUCUACAGAGUCUAUGGGCAGAUCCGAAAACAGUGAAAGAAUUGCUGCAGAAACUGCAGAGCGUGUUUAUGUGCCUCCAAUGCCUUAUCCCGAAAGGUUGAAGCCCAAAGUUAAAGAUCAACAGUUGAUAGAUUUUAUGAAGACGUUGGCCAAAGUUCAGAUCAAUCUCCCAUUGAUUGAUGCAAUUAGGAACAUUCCAUCUUAUGCCAAGUUUUUAAAGGAUGUUUGCACAAAGAAAAAGAAGCUCGUGGAUUUUGAAAAAGUUAUUCUUACAGAACAGUGCAACGUAGUUUUAUUACACAAACUGCUUCCAAAGAAACAAGACCCAGGGAGUUUUACAAUUUCAUGCACAAUUGGAAAUUCUAAUUUUAAACGUGCUUUAAUUGAUUUGGGUGCCAAUAUUAAUUUAAUGCCUUUUUAUGUUUUUUAG